AUAAUCGGAAAUACGUCAUAAGAUUUAAACUAUGUUGAAUAAUUAAUGAAAGUAAAUUGUUACUAUAAGUUUUUAUUUAUACAAUUUGUAUUAAAUGGCAGGAGAAGUUGUAGUUGAUGCUUUACCAUAUAUUGAUCAAGGAUAUGAUGAACCUGGAGUCAGAGAAGCGGCUUUGGCUAUGGUUGAAGAAGAAACACGUCGCUAUAGACCAACGAAAAAUUAUUUAGAACAUUUGGUAUCAUUAAAUAUAACUGCUUUUGAAACAGAAGUAAUGAAACAUGAAUUUGAACGAAUGCAAAACCGUUUACCUAUGGAAGUACUUAGUAUGAAACGUUAUGAAUUACCUCCACCUCCACCAGGUAAAAUGAAUGAUCUUGCAGCAUGGAAUGAAAGUGUAGAAAAUAGCAGCGCACAAUUAGAACAUCAGGCUACAAGAAUUUGCAAUCUUGAAUUAAUGAUGGAAUAUGGAUGUGAAGCAUGGAAAUCUUAUUUAGAAAUAUUAGUACAAUUAGUAAAUCAAGCCCAAAAACAAUUACAAGCAUUAAGGAAAAAGAUACAAGAAGUUAAUUGGCAAAGAAAAUCUAUGCAAACUCAAGGAGGAGAAAAGUUAAGAGCAUUGGAAGCACAAUGGGUGGGAUUAGUAUCAAAAAAUUAUGAGAUCGAACAAGCGUGUGUACAUUUAGAAGAAGAAAUACAAAAAUCUAUGAUGAAUAAGGGGGAAGGAGUAGAAAUCAAUGAUGUACCAGGAGAGGAAGAACCUGAUGUUCCAGAAAAAAGUGCAACAGAAGUUAUGGCAACAGAAAUGGAUCAACAAGAACAAGAAAAUCAAGAACCCCAGAACAAUGCAUAAAAAUAUAAAUGUAUAAAAUUAUGAGUAAUUAUAUUUUGCAUAUGUGUAUUAAUAUAUAAAAAUAAUAAAUAAAUUAACUUAUUAGUAGUAAAUAAAUAAAUUUACCGUAA